AUGAAUCGCUGGCGGCGGUCAGUGGGAGAGCUGCAGGCUCGGCGUCGGCAGGUGAGCGAGUGCGAGCAGGCGCUGGCGGCCCUCAGCAAGGUGACAGGCUGCUUCCAGCAAAUGGCUUCUUCCCUGGGGAGCAACACGGAUGGCGGUGGCCUCAGAGAGGAGCUGGCAGAAAUCAGAGCCAUAGCUCACCGGAUCUACACGGGCCUCCACAGACGGCUGGUAAGCCUGCUGACCGAGACAGAGCAAGUGCAGGAGGAACGGGAGCAGGUGGAGCGGCUCUGGGUUCUCCUCCUGUCCAACCUGGAGACCUUCCAUAGGGACCUCCGCAAAACCCACGGCCUGCAGGAGCUCUUCCCCCUGACCCAGCGACGAGACCGCAACGCGCUGGUGAAGACCGGCUCAGCGGGAGGGUCUGAGAUCGCCGCGCGAGCAGCUACGGUCCAGACACCGUGGGUCUCAACGGGGGAAGAGCAGUGCCCAGACCUGCACACCCAGGUUUCCCAGCUGGACUCCCUGCUGCAGGAGAUGCUGCAGAGGGUCAACGUGCCCGUGUGGACUGUGGAGGCCACUCAGGAAGCCUGGGUGGAGAUGGUGAAAGAGGAGGGCGACGACGACGAAACGCUAGAGGACCUGAUGCAGGUGGAAGUGGUGUCACAAGAUAGCUUGAGAACAGGGUGCUGCCAUCAUUCAAGCUGCAGGUUCAGCUGUCUACUCUGUUUACUCACUUAGGUGACUUGUAGGACUAGAUUUAAACUGCUGCGUAAAAGAAGAAGCUGUCAAAUUCAGCUUAUUCUGGACAUUUUAAUGGAGAAAAUAAAUACAUCAGAAAACACAAACGUCUGGAUAUUUGACAGCUGUUGAAUGCAUGUUCAAAACUUAGAAAGAACGCAUAAA